AUGGUGGGGUGGAUGAAGGAGCUCAGAGACGUCGCUUAUGAUGCCGAAGACCUUCUCGACGAGUUAGAAUAUCGCCGCCUUCGACAGCAACUGGACGGUGAAAGCAGCAGUCCGGUGAGUGCUUCCUUGUCUCCAACUUGGAGGCUGCUAGGGAUGUGGCCACCCGAGCCGGUGGCCUCCUUUCUUCGAGUUUCUUUAGCUUCAAAGGCGGCGGCAGCGCCUCCGACCAGGAGUACUGGCCCGAAGCAAAGCACCAAAAAAGGCGCAACCAGCUCACUGAUCAGUACCAAGGUGUUCGGACGAGGGGACGAAGUCAGAAAUCUAAUUGACCUGCUGCUGCUGCUGAGAUCCAACGAUGAACCAGUCUCGGUUCUCCCUGUAGUCGGCAUUGGAGGGGUUGGAAAAACUACUCUAGCACAACUUGUCUAUAAUGAUCCUAAAAUCGUACAACAUUUUGAGCUGAGGAUGUGGAUCUGCGUCUCUGAUAGCUUCGAUGAUACCGAGCUCGCGAGAGAGAUCCUAGAAUGUGCAUCAUCCGGUGAUAAUCUUCAGCAGCGAAGUGUCACCAACUUUAAUCGGCUUCAAACAGCGAUCAAAGAGCAGUUUACCUUGGGGCAUGAAGAACCUGGUAAGUUUGCGGCAAUUGAUCAAUUAAUUUCCGACAUAGCAGAGAUCGGGAGACUGACCUGCCUUGAGAGAUUACAUGUUUCCAAAGUUAGAACCGAAGCUGGGUAUCCGAUAAGAGAGUUGAGGGACCUGAACGAGCUUCGAGGAUCCCUUUACGUGUGGAAUCUAGAGAAUGUGGAGAGUAAGAACAAGGCAAGUGAGGCCAUGUUAAACGGCAAAGAGCAUCUUAGUGUUCUGCAGUUACAAUGGCAAUCCGGUGAAAGGAAUCAGGUGGUGGAUGAUGACGAUGGUGAAGUUCUUGAAGGCCUUCGGCCACAUCCAAAUCUCAAGAGGCUAGAGAUCAUGGGCAGUAGAGGUGCCACAUAUCUCAGCUGGUUAAAGACCCAAUGGCUCACCGAUCUCAACAUAAUCUAUCUAAGUGGUUGCAGGCGCUGGGAAUCCCUCCCCCCUCUCGCUCAGCUGCCUUCGCUGAAGGUACUGUGGAUACAGGGGAUGCAAGCAACAAAGAGCAUUGGCUGGGAGCUCUUUACAUCGACGAGUAAUCAACCCUCCUUCCUGUAA